AUUGUAUCAACGGCCGCUGUGAGGACUUUGGCUGUGAUCCGUACGACGAGGCACAGCAUGCACAGAUGCCCGAACUGUGUCCUGGUGAACGCGAUGAUAAUGAAGUGGGUUACCGCACUGGUUUACGUCGCAGGGACAACCCUCCGAUUCAAUGGAGCAGCGCCAGUGCGUGCCAUUUCAACUGUAUUGCUCCAGGUAGCGGUAUCCGAUUGGUUGUAAACAAAGCUAAUCAACACAAGUCGAGCAUCCAGCUUUGCCAACCGGAACAAUAUGGCUGUAAUCGCAUGAAGACGCCAUUUCAACACGCGUCUGUUGUGUGCUCUAAGUACAAGGAGCGUGUGCGGCGUCUUUCCGGUCUUGGCAUGCAAAUAUCACCAGCUUUGGAGGACCCGGAUCGACCUUGUCGUGUUGCUUGUCAGGAUGAAUCUAUUGCGCACAGGUUUUAUUUAGUCAAUGGUGAGGAGGGAUGGUUUCCAUUUGGUACGGACUGUUCUAGGGGUCUGGCGGAUAAGAAGGCUUAUUGUAUUAGUGGAAAGUGUUUGGAAUUUGGCAACGAUGACACUCCGGAAUCCCAAUCAGAGUUCACACUCCCUUUACUCUCACGUAAUAAACGCUCCUUGUAUAAGAACGCAACCAAAGUUACAGCUACCCUCUUCCAAACCGAGUUAGACGAUCUGGUUGAGAAACUAAACAAAACAAUUCUCGGUCAAGUCCCGCAGAACCCCGGCAGUCAUUUUCAAGUCGACUACAACAACCCAAUACAUAUUAAUCUAGAUCCAGAGGUGUCUGGUUCAUCCACGGACGCAAAAUACGAAAAUCGCGAUAAUUAUCCAGCCUACGACUAUUAUACAACCAACUAUACAUAACUGUCAGUAAGUAAAGCAAGUAAGUAAAUA